AUGUUUUUCGUCGCACAACCAGAAUACUACAGACAGGCGCCACACGGAUUGGCGGACCUGAACGAGUUGUGCUUGCUGAACAACUUGCAGAGGCAAUAUGUCUACAGACAACAGCAACAGGAGAAGAGACAGGUCCAGAAGUUAAACCAACCGGAAGUCUUUUUGACGCAGGAUUUGGAAAACUAUUACGUUGUCUUAACCAAAAGGGUGAAUCGCAGCAAUUACGCCUACAUGCAUAGAUUCAACGGGUAUGCAUUGAAACAGGUUGAGAGAUCUCUAAUUGUGAGAUCCACCAGAGAUAAUUUUUACAGAAACAUCAACUUGCCAUCGAACAUCGAUCUCGACAGAGACAUCACUUACAAGAUCCUGGAUAACGGGUACAAGAUGGUUGUCACCAUUCCCAAGAGAGCGUCGUACCAGAUCAAGACCACUGCAUUUGGCUUCCCUGAUAUCCUUGACGGUCUAAGCCUAAAGCUUUUGCCUUCUACUGAUCGGUUGGUCAGGAAUGGCGCUGCCGUUGUGGGUGCGGAAAAGGCUAGAAAAGAUGACAGGGGUGAAAAAGUUGGUAGGGGCUCGGAGUCUUGCGGGAUCAGGAUACCAAUCAGCGAUGAUUGUAUAAAUACUGACAAUUGUCUUCUUCUACCAAGGCAACACGAGGAAGUUGACGAGGGCGAUGAGGUAGAUGAUUUUGAUGAGCACGCUGACCAGAACAAACAGCAUCUAUUAACUGAUACCACUAGACAGAAUGCUUCCCCUCACUUUACUUUGCGCCAAGUUGGUGGAGAAGGGGGUAAAGCAAUUGAAGGAGAAGUUGGAUACGAAAGAGAGGGAGCAGGAGAUAGAACGCUUCAGAGAGCAGAGCCUGAAGAAAAAAGAGCUGUUGAGGAGCACAAAGCCUCUGCCACCGCAAGAGUACCAGGACCGGUAUCUUCGGCAUCAGAUGUAUCUGACUCCGGCGUCAUCGGAGGAGAGUCUUGUGAGUCUCAGCUCGGAAGAGACGUUCGGACUUCGGAAAGGUCAUCGCCAGACUUUUUGAAGAACUACACGACUUUGCAGCGGAAGACUGUGUUCCUACCGAACACGACUACCGAGAUGGAGGUUGAUUCCGAAGGGGAAGGCGAAGGGGAAGGCGAAGAGGAAGCGCCUGUUCCAGUCCCUGUUCGGAGAACAAUGAGUCCCACCCUUGAAGAAGUUGUUGACGAGGAGUUUUUGUGA